GUUGAGCAGGAAAAGCGGAAUUUGAAGAAUCGUUCACAUGUACGUGUGGAGACAACCUUUAAUCAGCAAGGCUGCUCAAUGUACAGACUAAGCGACUCAAGUCCUGCUGAAAAGAGGUUCUUCUGAGACUUUACGUGUUUCCUCCCUGAUGUCUGACAACCCAGUCCAAAGGUCCGGCAGCUGCUAGCCAGCUGAUCACAGUAAACAGCUUGAGACGGGACACUAAGUGUUUAUCGCUGCCAUGAUCAAGUCUGGAUGACCUGUGGGACCCACCGAUAACAGCACAGGUCCUGACCUGGAUUUGAACUCGGGCCAUUACACGAUCAGCGUCUUGUCGCUGGGACGCUCUGGACGUGUCGUACUGAUCUGAUCCAGACUUCCAGCUCCUUAUGGCUGUCUAUGAUGAGAACAUCCUGAAGAAUCCUUUCUACUUGGCGUUGGAGAAGCAGAGACCGGACCUCUGCAGCCGAGUGGCCGAGCUCCACGGCAUCGUUCUGGUGCCUUGUUGUGGAAGUUUGACCGUCAGCAGCUUCUCAGACUCUCAGUUCGACAGCUAUGUUCUGCAGCCCCUGGAGGACGGAUACCAGACUGUGGAUGGAAAGGAGCUCCGGAUCCAGGACAGACAGGUCCUCUUGGGAUCCGGCUUCCCGGCCCCGGCGUCGGUCCCCAUCCUGUUCGAUGAAACCUUCUACAACGACCGGGAGCAGAGCUUCAGCAUCCUGUGCAUCUCCAGGCCCGUCGAGAUGGACCCGAGCCUGGCGGAGCUCGGUCCGCCGCCCCCCUACUGCCUGAAGAGCCUGGAGGACGUCAGGGAGUUCCUGGGUCGCCACGCCCAGAAACUGGACAAAUUCAUCCAUGGCUUCUGUCAAGCCUUCAAAGAGCAGGAGAGGAAGGGACUCCGACACCACAUAGACUCUGUGAACGGUCUCUAUACUAACUGUCUUCAGUGUCUGCUGAGAGACUCUCGCCUGAAACUUCUGGCGAAGCAGGAGCCUCAGAUGACUCUUCUCAAGCAGGCGGUCGAGAUGUAUGUUCAUCAUGGUAUCCAUGAUUUGAUUUUUAACUUCGUGGGAACGCUUGAAGCCAGUCAGGACGCCGCCUUCAACAAAACUAGCAGGAGUCUGCAGGAGCUGCAACAGAAACACCUGGGAGUCAAACCUGAGUUCAGUAUGAACCUGUCCCGGGCAAAGCGAGAGCUGAGUCAGCUCAACCAGCACACCUCCCCCCUCCUCAAACUGCUGUGCCUGCGCAGAGUCGCCCUGAUGGCCACCCAGACCCCCAGACGCAGCGUCAGUAUAGAGGCUGUGUGUGCCGACGACCUGCUGUCCGUCAUCCUCUAUCUGCUGGUGAAGACGGAAAUCCCCAACUGGAUGGCCAACCUGAGCUACAUCAGAAACUUCUGCUUCAGCCACUCCAGUAAAGAUGAACUCAGCUACUGUCUGAGUACCUUCGAGGCUGCGGUGGAGUACAUCAACCUGGGAAAGCUGCAGGACACGCACACUGGCUCAGGUGAGCUGAACGACAAGGUGUUGUUCAAAGAGAGGAUGAGUCUGCUGUCUCAGAGCGCUGCCACGCCCAUCGACUGUCUGUUUGAGCACAUAGCGAAUGGAAAUGAAGUGGAGGUGGAGCGUCUGCUGAGUGAAGACGAGAGCAACGAUGACGUCAGGAUGUGUCAUCCCCUCUGCUCCUGUGACCUCUGUGACCUCCAGCUAUCCGGGCGGCUGAACGACCCGUCCAUCGUCACGCCGUUUUCCAGAGACGACCGAGGUUACACUCCGCUGCAUGUCGCUGCCAUCUGUGGUCAGUCCCAGCUGAUCGACCUGCUGGUGGUUAAAGGAGCGCCGGUCAACGCCACAGACUACCACACCCUCACACCGCUGCACCUGGCCUGUCAGCGGGGGUACCAGGGCGUCACGCUGCUGCUGCUUCACUACAAGGCCAACACGGACGCUCAGGACAAUAACGGCAACACGGCGCUGCAUCUGGCCUGCAUGUACGGACACGAGGACUGUGUGAAGGCUCUGGUCUACUACGACGUCCAAACGUGCCGUCUGGACCUGCAGAACGACAAAGGCGACACGGCGCUGCACAUGGCGGCCCGCUGGGGCUACGAGGGAAUCAUCCAGGUGCUGCUGGAGAACGGAGCGAGCGCUGCCGUCCUCAACAAGAACAAAGACUCGCCGCUGCAGUGCGCGCUCAACUCCAAGAUUCUGGCCGUUUACGAAUUUCCCUUCAGACCACGGUAUAAUGAAGAGUGUCAUCCUGUAGAGCAGGGGUCACCAACCCGGUGCCCCCGGGCACCAGGCCGCCUGCAGCAUCCACAUCAGUCGCCCAUCCUGGGGUUGUUGCAGUCGACGCAGAGCAGCCGGCAGCGCAGCGGCAGCGGAGUCGACUCUCCCAGCCCCUCCCCUCAAGCUUCAGACUGCAGCAGCCGUCGCUCCUCCGUCUCCAGCACCUCCUCUCUGGGCUCCGAGGCCAAACCGGAGGGAGAAAGGGUCCGACACAGAGAGGUGGAGAAGCUGCUGCGUGCCGUGGCAGACGGCGAUGUGGAGAUGGUGCGUUACCUGUUGGAGUGGAUGGAUGAGGAAGAGGAGGAUGAGGGAGAGCUUCAGUCUAAGGCUCUGCUCUGCCACCCGCUGUGUCAGUGUCCACGCUGCGCUCCCACUCAGAAGCUUUCUGUCCUGCAGGCCGGAGCUCUGGGCGUUAACAGCUGCAAUGUUCACGGUUUCACGCCGCUCCAUGUCGCCGCCCUGCACGGCCGCUCCGCGCUGACCACUCUGCUGAUCCGCCACGGAGCCAACGUCAACGCACGCACCAACCAGAGCGCCACGCCCCUUCAUCUGGCCAGCCAAAACAGCCACAUCCAGGUGGUGAGGUUUCUGCUUGAGUGCAAUGCGAAACUGAACAAGAAGGAUCACUAUGGCAACACACCUCUAAUACUGGCCUGUCUCUGUGGAAACCUGGAGACAGCCACCACCCUGCUGCAGAGUAACGCGCUGGUGAACGUAGCGAACCUUCAGGGGAACACCGCCCUCCAUGAGGCGGUGCGGGGGGGACACCAGGCGCUGGUGGAGCUGCUGCUGAGGGGUGGAGCUUCGCCCGGCCUCAGGAACAAGAGACAGAGGACGCCGCUGGACUGCGCCUACGAACUGGGCGGCAAGAACACUGAGAUCCUGAGAGCUCUGCAGAAAGCCUCUGGACUGUCUCCUGAUGCCGAACCAAUCAAACUCCUCUCGGUGCCCAAAGGAGCUCUGGAUGUUUGGUCAGCAUACUUUAGGCGUGACUCCAUCAAUGUUCAGAAACUGAGCCACAUUACUUUCACUGCUGCAGCUCACUCAUUCGUCCAGCGUCUGAGGCUGCAGGAUCACACCAACGGCAGGAGACAGAAGCUGGCCCAGUCCAUCAGCAGGAUUCAGCAGAUGAAGAAAGGCUCUUCUGCUCCUCCCCCCAGGUGUUCUGCCCUGAACCAGGUGAGUCCAGACAGGAGGAGGUUGAGGCGAGGGGAGACGGUGGAGGUCAGCAGCCCCUCGGCGGGCCUCGACACCGGGCCCCGGCUGAGAGGGCGGCCCCUGGGUCGCUGUCACACCCUGGACUCAGGAGAACAGAUGACGGCCUCACACAGUCCUAAACCGGCUGACCGCGCUCUGCUGGCGUCCGGAGGUCCAGACGACACGCAGCUGGAAACCACUGACGACUGCAGCUCCGGGAGCGAGAGCCCACCAUCCUCCCCCUCCACUGUGCCGUCACACGCUGAUGGUCUGUCCGAACCCCCAGCUGAUCACUCCGCUUCACAGCGCCCCACCAGCCAGAGUCUCCGCCCUCUAAAUGGACUGCUGGAACCAUCCGACGAGCAAACCGCUGACAACACCGCAGCUCCGCCCGCCCCGCUGACCUCCAGCCCACAACCCAGAAUAGUGGAGGGGGCCAGAGAGACACCGACCAAACAGGAGGCUGUGAGUGACGUAGAGACGUGAGGACUGGACUGGCCCAAACUUCUGGUUUCCCUUUCCUUCAGUCUUCGACUUCACACGAACCCCAAACAGACUAAAAGCACAGUGUCACAGUGAUGGAGCUCAGCUGACUCGUUCUGUAGCUAAUGGAGUGAUGUCACUGCGCCUCACAGUUCCUUCAGCAGUUUAAACUAAACGUUUCAAAGGGUCAGUUCAUACAACUUAUAAAACAUGUCUCACUUAUCCCUCGUGGUGUUUCUCACGCAGCUUUCAGGGAACUUCAUUGAAUGAUGGGCGCAUUGAGACGAACGACGCUGCAGACUGGAGUCUGUCUCAGAUGACUGAACUGAACACAGGUCAAAACUUUGAGUGCCACUAAUAAAACUCCACCCACUUCCUUAGUGUUGGUGUGGAGGCAGAUUAAAGAAGAUCAAAACACUCAGGUUAUUAUCUGAGCUGUCUGUCACAGACACCUUCAUCAGUCCUGCAGGCUGAUGUCUCAACACCUGGAAAAAUAAGUGAGAAUAUGUGUUUGUAAUUUGGGUGUACUGGCCCUUUAAAGUCACAAUGAAAUGCUGAGGUGUAGUUCUCUGUGUUUCUCUUUGAAGGUUUCCUCUCUGAUAGUCUCUAAAUACGCUGCUGCGUAAGAUUUUUGGGGCUCUCAGCAGUGUCUCACUGUCUUCACCUGCAUCAAAAACAGCUAAAUUAUAAUAAGAUUUUCAUUCUCUUAUGUUGUUUUAUUUUGGAAUCCCAUCACGUGAACUUCCUGUGAAAUGAACUUUUCUUCGUCGUUAAAUGAAUCGUAGAUCAGUUGAACCUCAAAUCAAACUGGCGCCUCUCUGUGGCUGACUGACACCCUGUUGGUUUGUUGGUCUGAAUACUUGAACCUUUUGGAAAACAUCAGUCGGCUCAAAAUAUAAAUCAACGACUAGAAACAACCUUAAUAAAGAAGAAAUGAGAACGAUGAAGGACAAAUCCUGAAAUGAUGUUGUCAUUUCCAGCGUCAUGUCUCAUCCUGUUCAGAGUGAAAUCAGAUCAUUUCAUUGUGACAUGAAGAGUUCAGCUGUAACAUUGACAGAAAGUUAGAUGGCUCUACUCUGAAGAGGCUUCUGGACUCCUCCUCCUCUUCCUCCCACCUGAGUUUGAAGCAUUUUCAACGUCUUCUCGCUUCACAAAAAGACAAAGGGAUGCAAAAUGACGUCAUUUUAGUUUCAUACUGCAUGAAUUUGUUUUAAGGCACGAGGCUGUAGCUCUGACCCGAGCAGCAGACUUCAGGCUGAAGAACAGGCUGUUUUAUUCUAGAAACUUUUUCACUGUUUAAAAUUUACAGUUUGGUUGGUUUGCUCAUUUUCACCAUCCAACGACGCCACCUGUGUUUUUAUUUGGAUCAUCUUAUCUGGAGCCUUGUUGUUGAUGGGGAUGUGUUCAGACAGGUCCAUCUUCUCCUGAAUGUGUUCUCUCAUGGAGCAGGUCAAAGGGUCACACAGCUGGUUCUCAAGGUUUUAGCUCAUUAAGUAUCUUGUAUUUUACAACUCUCACUUCCUUUUAACCACUGAUUUCAGUUUAUUCCUGUGAAAAUCAACUUACUGCAGCUUAAUGAUCCGCCACACUUCAACAAUGGUUGUUUAAUACAUGAAAAUGCCUCCUGAACUUAAUAAUGUAUUGACUUAAGUAGGAUGGUGCUUUGAGAUCAAAAAUCUCUUUUACAGAAGUGUCCCAACCAAGAGAGCAUCAGCACCUCCAACAUGUAGCUGACAACAUAUACCACAAACACAGACUUAUUAUGAAAUAGAUGAGUUAUUCAUAGAAUACUGAAGGGUCAGCUGAGAAGAUAAUGAUCAGAAGGCUAGCAAAACACUGAUAAACUAACUUCACAGUUAAACUGAGCUAAACCUCAAAUCUGUCCUCCGUGGUGCAUUCAAGAGCACUCUGACAAGGAAAAAUGACCACCGGCUGCAAAACAGUGUGUGAGACAUGAGUGUGAUUGUUCUUUCAGAUUUGUUGGUUCUGUCAAAGCACCUUUAAACGCAUCAACAGGGUCUUAAAAUGUGUUGUUAUGCAAAGACAACUUCAAGUUGCAAGACAAGAAAUAAAAGUGACCACGAGGGCUGGACGAUAG